ACUCUACAAAUCCAGCAUUCAGUAUCAUAUACUGUCGCACACACUGUGUGAGCCGAGAGCGCUCUCCGUCUUUCAUUCAUCCCGGUAAACGCUGCUCACACUUUCUUCUUCUUCUCCUCCCUCCUCACCCCUCCCUCCCCUCGUUCCCCUUCUCUCCCCACUCUUCACUCCCUCACGCUGGGAUAGCUUACUUUGUUUUUGUUUUCCCUCCGCGGUGCCUUUUGGUCGCAGUAGUAGGCUAGUGGAAGAUAUCAACAGAGCUACGUUUCUUCUUGCCUCCGCGAUACUACGGAAUACAUAGGAGUCGUUGGAGGGCACGCGCAUCACGACAGAGAGCAGCGCGCAAGCUUUUUUUUUUAAGAGGGUACGACAUGAUUUAAAACAAGAAAUUAAGAAAAUAUCUGUAUUGAAUAACAGCGUUAGGUGACGCUCCACCUGAAAAGACUCACGUUAAGUUUUGACGGAUUUUACGGCACAGGUGCGUUAAAGGAUUAAAUACAGGCAUUUGGCGGAUGGUUGUCGGUUUCGUGGAGAGGAGUCAGCGCCUCUGCGCAAGUCUCAGAUGAAGAUGAAGUCUGCGGGCGUAGUGGAUGGAGGCUUGUUCACAGAGAGCUAUUGUAACAUCUGCAAUGCCCAGCUCAUCUCCGAGUCCCAGCGCACGGCUCACUAUGAGAGUAAGAAACAUGCCAACAAGGUACGUCUGUUCUACAUGCUUCACCCUGAAGACGGAGGACCACCUUCCAAGAGACUGCGGCCAGAUAACCCAGACUGUGCAGAGACAGAGGUGGACAGGAACAAGUGCUGUACUUUGUGUAACAUGUUCUUCACCUCCGCCAUUGUGGCCCAGUCACACUACCAGGGCAAAACCCAUGCCAAGAGAGUCCGCCUGGUGCUGGGGGAGCCGCCCAGCCUACCCACAGCCAUGACCAGCCCUACAAACACAGAUUCCUCCCCUUCCACCCCGCUGCCCACAGACCCCGUUGCGUGCCCCCCUCCUCCCCCUGACCUGGCUUGGCCCUUGGCGGUGGUCGGCGGAAACGGCGGAAGAGAGGCCGGGAAGUACUGCUGCCUGUGCGGAGCCUGGUUCAACAACCCGCUGAUGGCCCAGCAGCAUUACGAGGGCAAGAAACACCGCAGGAACGCAGCCAGAGCACGCCUCCUGGAGCAGCUAGCGGGCAGUCUGGAUGCCACGGAGAGCACAGGGCUGCGCAGUAGUUACUCCUGCAGUGUCUGCAGUGUGGUCCUCAACUCUAUUGAGCAGUACCAUGCACACCUCCAGGGCUCCAAGCACCAGAACAACUUGAAGCAACACCAGCAGUAAGCCACGGAGACAGGCUACUCUGGAGACGAAGAUGGAGAUUAUUGGAAUAAACAACUUCAGAAAAAAAGGACUUGUCAGAAACCGAAGAGUAUGAGAAGGUAGUGCAGAGUAACUUCAGAGCGAGAGAGAGAGCGUGUGUGUGUGUGUGUGUGUGUGUGUGUGUGUGUGUGUGUGUGUGUGUGUGUGUCAUAGGCACCCAUGCAUGCAUUUGCAGUAUGCAUUUGCAGUGUGCAUGUGUGGGUCAUUGCGACUGUGUUUAUUUCUAUCUUUGAUCUAAAAAUAUAUCUGAGAUUUAUUUAGCACCUAAGUGUUUGAUAUGAGUUCUCGCUACCCAACAGUCGUCAAAAGACUUGCGGCUGCAUAUUGCCAUAUAACUCCUUUGUGAGCCACAAUCCUAAAAUUUAACUGAUGUCAGUGUGUUGCCCAGAGUGGUAAUAAUCAUUACAAUGAUACAAUGAUAGUCAUAGAGCAGCAGUAAUAAUAACUAUGUAACUAGCCGUCCCCCAAGUGCUCUGACAGUGAUCCAAGUCUUCUGUUUCUAAAUGCAUUUCAUAUACAGUGAUGGUGGCACAUGCAUGGCUCACUUUCAGACCACUUGAGACCUACUCAGGUCCAGACCUUUAAGUCCAAGGACGAGAGAACUCCCAACGACCUCAGCCAUUACAGGUUGCAUGAAUUUGCAUUAAAAAGGUAUUUUUGGUUUGAAUCUUGUGUUAUCUAUAAAUGUAGUGGAUUGGUGUCACUUUUUUUCAAAUGGUGGGUGUGUCAUUUUAAAACCCUUUUUUUUUCAUGCAUUUCAUAUAAUCAAAACCUUGAGCUAUGGCAUGGUUACAGUAAAGCGGGCAGUGGAGGAAAAACAGCACAAAGACUUCUAAACUCCUGCUCUGAAGUGUACCCUGUGCAAUUUUGUGAAUCAUCUAUUGUUGAAAACAUUCCCACAGCACUGAAUACUGAUGUCAGGUGCAGUCUGGAGGUGACAAAAAUUAUCUUCUCUGUUGAGAUGGGCGACAUGUAGAUAAUAUUUUUGAAAUUUUUCUGUGAGAAAAAAAAAAUAAAAAUAAAAAAAGUCACUCCCAAUCCAUGUAGCAGCCAAUGAACAAUACAACUGGGAUGUAAUUAAAUGCAUGCAAAAUGUGAAAUAUUGCAGUCACUUGCCAUUUUGGAAACCUAUUGCUUGCGUGUUUUGGCAAUAGCGCUGCUUUCUAGUGAUAGCUUCAUAAUGUAUUACUGCACAUGCUUGCACCUGAGCAAAGAGGUCACCUUUUAGUACUGGUUUCUUUUCCACAUCUAAUUUAUUCAAUCAAAAUGUAAGCCUUUUGAUACCUGGAAAUUACACGAGUCACCGCUGUAUAACACCGCUCAUCUGUAGAGUCUUCAGAGUGUCUGUAAAGGGAGUUUCAACAAUGGUUUGUAGCAGCACAAGAUGAGCAAAGAGAAGACAUGCUCCACUUUCCUGCACUGGCACUAAGAAGCAUUUCUCUAUAACCUGGGGAAAGGACUGAAAAAAACACGGCACUCAAUGCUAAGCUAUCUUCUGUGAGUUAUUGUUGGUUCAAGCUAUUAUUUUCUCUGUAAACACAUUAAAAAUGUUUUUAUUUUGUGAUUUGUUUAUUUCAUGGUGAAGGGAGUGAAUUACGAGUGACCUGAUUAAACUUGUAUUUCUUCUGCAGACAUAUGGAUGAGUAAUGGUUUUAUGCAAUCACACUAAUAUUAAGAACCAUAUGAGGGUUUGAAGUGAAAUUGUUUAACGAACAAAAAAAGCAGUUUGCGUAAAUAAGCAAUAGCUGCAGGUGAAGUUUGUGUUUUAAGUAAAAGAGUACAAGAGUUUUGUAUUCAUAGUGUUUGUCUGCACUAAGCUAUAGGGCGAUAAGGGAAAUGUGUUUCACAUGGAUAUUACUGAAAAAUACAAAUAUGCUGGCACUGAAAUGAGAAUAAAAUGGCUUUUGGUGAGUCAUGAUUUUAAAUGGAUAACCAUAAGUGAAAAUAAACUCAUCCUGAGCCAAGGAGUCAGUGUUGAUGGACCAAAACCCAGCAUUGGAAGACAGUGAUCAUAGAGGGAUUCUGAUAACAGCUGUUUUCAUGAGGACAACCACAAUCACCACAAAGAAAUCCCCUCAGAGAAACAUUCGAUAUGUGACUGUUUUGCCAGUGGAUUCAUAAAACAGCCAAAAACGACGAUGCAGGACUACAAACUGUUGGAUUUUAACAUGAUGUCUAAAA